AUGUUGAAACGAAAAUGGAGCAAUAAGCAAUAUUGUGGUGAUGUCGAGUCGGAUCCUUUUGAGUUUGCAUACCGUGGUAGUGUGUUCGAUCCUUUCAAGGAGGUGAACAAUGUGCCUACGGUUGAGGAGCACAUGCACAGCUCCAGUAGCGAUACAACAGAAUUGAUUGAAAACAUAGAGCUUCCAGCACAUCGACUAUCAGCAAAUGUACGGCAGCAAUAUUUGCGCUAUUUGGACAGAGUCUUAAGAAUAAACUAUAAUUCAUGGCUCUCAUCUAAUGGUGAUCACAAUGACAGUCCAUUUACCGACGAUGAUUUGAAGCAAUGUGCUGAAACAAUCGAAAUGAGAGCGGUUCAAUCAUGUAUGAUCACCUCGCUGUACAGAGGCGUUAUUCUUCAAAUGAUAGCAGAAAUUCGGAAGCAAACAGCUCUUGGUAUGAUCCACCCUAAUCUCACAGACGUAAAAUUUAAACCAGCAGUAUUGAAGAAGGAAUGUUGUCAUGUUAGCGUACAAACCGAUUCAUGUGCGAUAAUUCCCCCACUUGCUUCUGGAAAUCGGACUACCAGUACGCCAUUAGAUAACGUUCCUGUGGUUAGUCUGGAGGAAAAAAUGCGGUUAUUUGAGGGAAAUUGUUCGUUUAUGGAAAACCCAUCGAUAAACGAACCAACCAGCAACUGGCAUAACGCAACACCUCUGCAAGUGAAAACCAAAGUCAAAUACCACAAAAAUGAAAGUAAUCGUCCCAUAAUUGAUGGAAGACGGCCACAUAAUGACGCAAUGGAUGAUGAGAUUCUCAAGGAAUUGCAGGCAAUGUUUGAGCCUGCAGAUGAAGAGGAGAAUAUAUUUGAAUGGAGUGAAGAUCAGACACAAGUAAAAGCAAUAAUCAACGAAAUUGAGAAUGCAGAAUCAGUACAGAACAGUCAAAGUAUAUGUAGUGCAGAAAACACGGUAGUAUCAAGCCCCAAAAUUGAUAGUAUCAUGUUGGCUCCAGCAGUACCCCAAAAAAGCAAUACUGAAUCAGCAGAUUUGCGUUGCAGUAUGUGGCCGUGCGAAUUGCACAUGCAACGAAUGAAGCUGCGAAGCAUAUUGGUUAGAAUAGCAGAAGAAAACUACCGGCGUUAUGAACAUCUGGUGAACACGGAGUUUAUAUCACUUUUCGGUGUAGAUGACGGCGAGGAGCAAGAUUUGGGACCAUAUAGUCCCUCGAUCGAGUUGAAUGCUGUGUUGGUAUCAAGCUGUAGACAGCGCAUUGCCAAAUGGGUAGUACAAUCCCUUAUGAGACCGUUGAACGACGGUUUGAUUGCUAACAGGUUUCUCUUCAAAAAACUAGCCAAACGACUGGCGGAUGGUAUAAUCUACAUGAACCAAUAUCCAGAUAAAAAGUUUAUUCGAAAUUACAUUGACGAUUAUUUUUGCACGCAUAAUCAAAUAACGAGCAUUGAAGAUAUUACCUGA